AUGCCGUCCGCACGCCGACUGCGUCUGGUGACACUCGCCACCAUCGCCGUCGUCGUCUUCGUCCUCUUCUACUUUGGUGGUGGCAGCAGAAACGGGCAGUCGGGCGAUUUCUACCGUAAGACCAUGGACGCCAUGCACGGGCGGACGUCUCCGGCCGGGCAGACCGUCAUAGACGUGGGGACAGGCCUCAAGACGGGCCACAUACCGGCCGACCGCGAUGGUGACGGCGAUGUUGACGAAGACGACCGCCGCCAGGGCAAGGACCUGCAGCAACACCUGAGCGAGCUGGCCCAGGAGGCCAAGGAUAACGCUAACAAGAAGGCCGGCCCCAAGCCGGACGCACCAAGCAAGCUUGUCGGCGUCGGCAACUCGGCCGAGGGGAAUCGCAAGCCCGCGGAUGCGGUCAAGGAGUCCAAGGAAGUCAAGGAGGCGGGCCCGGCGCCAGUGCCAAAGGGCAAGGAUAAGGAGAGAGUACCAGAGACGCCUGCCGAGCAGGCCCUUCACAGCAUUUUCAAAAAGGGACCUGUCGUUAUCUUCUCCAAGACAUACUGCCCGCACUCGCGGCGCGCCAAGGGUAUCCUUCUCGAAAAGUACCUCAUCUCUCCGCGGCCCGAGGUGGUCGAGCUCGACGAGCACCCGCUCGGCUCGGACCUGCAGGACCUACUACUCGGGCUGACGGGCCGCCGCACCGUGCCCAACGUGCUGGUCCACGGCACCAGCAUUGGCGGCGCAGACGACAUCGUCGAGCUCGACAACACGGGCCAGCUCGUGUCCAAGAUCCAGGAGCUCGGAAAGCGCAAGGUUGAAGUGUCGGAGCGCUUCUCGACCGAGCAGGUCAAGGGCGCGGCGCCGGCGCCGGGGCACUAA